UUUGGAGGAGCUUCCCAUGCGAAGGGAAUUGUCCUGGAAAAAGUUGGCGUAGAGGCUAAGCAGCCUAAUUCAGCCAUCAGGAAAUGUGUCAGAGUCCAGCUGAUCAAGAACGGCAAGAAAAUAACAGCGUUUGUUCCUAAUGAUGGUUGCUUGAAUUUCAUUGAGGAAAACGAUGAAGUUCUGGUUGCUGGUUUUGGUCGGAAAGGUCACGCUGUUGGUGAUAUUCCUGGAGUUCGCUUCAAGGUUGUCAAAGUAGCCAAUGUUUCCCUCUUAGCCUUGUACAAAGGCAAGAAGGAGAGACCAAGAUCAUAAACUUUUGUUACUCUGUUAAGGAUGUCAAUAAAAAUGUUCAUCUAAAGAAA